UGUUUGGUCAUGCUUGGUGAUUAGUUCAGUGACGGCUGCCGUCGCCGUCGUGUACAGUAAUAGUAGAAGUUGUCAAGUGGAUCGAUUUCGCUCGCAAACGUCACGAGAGAAAUGCACAAUCUCUCGUGCGUCGUCCACCAGAGAUGGUCAAGUUUUUACAAUUAUUGUGCCUGAUAACGCCUGCGCGAGCACAACGUUAUUGUCGCAUAGCGGAGGACCGCAACUGCCUACUGCCCUGCAGCUCAAUUCGCAUUUGGUUUAUUUUGGCCUAAUUUUAGCCUAAUAUAGCCAAAGUUGUCUUAUGAUCCUCACAUAGUUCCGCAUAGCUAUCGACUAGCUGCACGUAGCGAGAUGGCGGACGAUUCGAGCGUACGCGUUGCCGUGCGAAUAAGGCCUCAAGUAGCUCGCGAAGUAAUCGACAUGUGCAGGAUUUGUACUCAAGUACCUCAAGGGGAGCCGCAAGUUUUUCUCGGACCCGACAAGGCCUUUACAUAUGAUUACGUUUUCGAUACUCAGGUGAAUCAAAGCGCGAUUUACGAAACAUGCGUGAACCGUCUGGUGGAAGGCGCGUUGGACGGCUACAACGCGACGGUUCUCGCCUAUGGACAAACCGGCUCGGGUAAAACUUACACCAUGGGCACCGGUUUUGACGUAGAAAUCGAUGAAACUAUUGUUGGAAUCAUCCCUAGAGCUAUUAAACAUCUUUUUGAUGGAAUAGCAGAUAAGCAGAAUCGCGCGAAGGAACGCGCGCAAAUGCCUCCGGAGUUUAAGGUUACAGCACAAUUCUUAGAAUUAUAUAACGAAGAUUUGAAAGAUUUAUUAGAGCCAGGAGGACCGAGAGGUGGUGCACGUAUUCACGAAGAUACAAUGGGUAAUAUACAUUUAGCUGGUGUAGAACCACGCGUUGUAACCAAUCCCGAACAAGCGUUGGAGUAUCUUCGAUUGGGUGCGCUAUCACGCACAACUGGAUCCACGCAAAUGAAUACGCAGUCCUCUAGAUCGCACGCAAUAUUUACAUUGUAUAUCAAACAGCAAAGAUGCAUCAAAGUCGAGGAUCCUGACGCGGAUGUUGAUACGAGUGGUAUCGAGUUAGCGAAUGAAUUUGAAACGUUAACCGCCAAGUUUCACUUUGUCGAUCUGGCUGGUUCCGAAAGAUUGAAGAGAACGGGUGCUACUGGCGACAGAGCAAAGGAAGGCAUUUCUAUCAAUUGUGGAUUGUUGGCCUUGGGUAAUGUUAUUUCCGCUCUUGGUGAUAAAACAAAAAAAGCCUCGCAUAUACCGUAUAGAGACUCAAAGUUAACUAGAUUACUUCAAGAUUCUCUCGGAGGAAAUAGUCAAACCGUUAUGAUAGCGUGCGUAUCACCGAGCGACAGGGAUUUCAUGGAAACUUUAAGUACGUUAAAAUAUGCAAAUCGAGCAAGGAAUAUAAAGAAUAAAGUUACUAUUAACCAGGACAAGAGCUCGAGAACGAUCGCUUCGCUACGACGAGAAAUUCAACAGCUUCAAUUGGAAUUGAUGGAAUAUAGACAAGGCAAGAGAAUCGUCGGUGAAGACGGAGUUAACGACGCCUGGCAUGAAAAUCAAAUGUUGAGUAGCGAAUUACAAAGUCUUCGCACCAGAGUGAAAGCACUUUCGGAAACAGUUGAUGCAUUAACAGCCAAGAACGCUCUUUUAUUAGCAGAAAAAGCAGCGGGUCAUUGGGUAACGACAUCGGGCAAAGGUGAUGAUCAAGUGACUAGUCUGAUACAGGGUUACGUUCAAGAAAUAGAAGAGUUACGAGCUCGUCUAUUGGAAGCAGAAGCUAUGUAUCAGCAAUUAAAAAAAAGGCAAAUGCAGGUUAACGCAGCAAAUCCAUACGGGGAUAGUUCGUUUCAUUCUGAUUCCGCGUCUGUGUUGAUCGAUGCUAAGAGAGAUGUCGAAAAAGAAAUAGAAACGUUAAGAACUUUAAAAGAACAAUACAAUCACGGUAGUAAUACUAUCAAGUCAGUGGACGAGGGAGAAAUAGACGAUGCGGAGAAUGCACAGGAUUCUGUAAGCGAAGAUGAUUCCGACGAUGAUUCCGAUCGUAAAGAAGAGGACGAGGAAGAAGCAGCUAUGGGUCGUGAAUUGGAAGCGCUUACGUCCGACAUCGAUGUUAAACAACGCCUGAUACAAGAGCUUGAGCUUUCUCAAAGACGUUUGCAUACUAUGAAGCAACAUUAUGAGGAUAAAUUGUCUCAAUUACAAGCUCGUAUUAGAGACACUCAAGAAGAAAGGGAUAAAGUAUUGUUAUCCUUGCAGCAACAACCUACGCCGCCUACCGAAAAAGUGAAAAAAUUACGCGACGAAUAUGAGAAGAAGCUUGCUAAUAUGCAAAAAGAGAUGCGACUUUUACAAUCUGCUAAAAAAGAACACGCAAGAUUACUGAAAAAUCAAUCUCAGAAUGAAAAUAGGUUGAGAGGCUUGAGGAAUGAACUUUCGGAAAUGAAGAGAGCCAAAGUGAAACUUUUAAAUAAAAUGCGGGAAGAAGCCCAAAGACACAAAGAAAACGAACUGAGGCGAAAUAGAGAAAUAGCACAGUUACGAAAGGAAAGUCGUAGGCAUGCAAACGUCAUUAGAACGUUAGAAGCUGACAAAAGAAUGAAGGAAGUUGUUCUUCGACGUAAACAAGAGGAAGUAACGGCAUUACGAAAAAGGGAUAAAGGAUUGAGUCAAAAAGCUGCUGGUCGUGCACCAAUCAAAUCACUCAAUCCUAAAGCAUUGAAGCAAAGAUGGCAAACAUUCGAAAGAACAAUCGCUAAACAAGCAUUAGCAAAACAAGCUGCCGCAGAAACAGAAAGAGAGAUGGAAAGAUUACUUCAAGAAAGAGAAGAAUUAGGGAGAGAUUUGGAGAGACUUCAGAAGCAGAGGAGUCAAAUUACAAGUGCGAGAGGUGACACCGCUGAUAUUGACGAAGAAAUCGAUAAUGUGGAGAGUAAAAUCAGUUAUCUACAGGAUAGUAUCGCGGAAUGUCAGCGGGACAUGGUUGAAAUGGGCGAUGGUGAGGCGGAGGAUGAACCCGGUGUCGAAACACUCAUCUCUACAAUUCGAACAGUAGACGAAGCACAGUACUUACUUCAACGAAUGCUCGCGUUUACCGUGGAGCAAAGUUGCAUAGCCGCACAAAAACAGCUCGAGGUGCGAGAUAUGGAAUCACGGCUCAAUCAAGUUGCACAAGAAAGCGAUGUACAACAUCAAUUACUGGAGCACGUUUUACGCGAUAGAGAUCUUUUAUCUCUCACAAACAAUCAGAAUAAUGUAUUAGCUUAUAGCCCAGCCAGUUCAAGGAGUUCUUCUCCCGACAAUGAAAAUUACGGCCAAAUUAUACUUGGUGAAGAAAGACAGCGCAAUAGUAAAGUUAGAAGAAGAACAACACAACCACAGGAACUUCUUUAUGGUAUACACCCUAGUCCGGAAAAUGUAAAAGCAGAUGAUCAAAAUCAAAAUCAAAAUCAUAAUUAUCCUCUUACCAGAGUCCCUAGUGCACCGGGUAGCUUAAAAGGAUUGGUGUUAACCAGAAAUCAGUACAGUGGCACUGUAACUGGUGGAUCACCAACUAUGAGUCGUCGUGACAGCACAUCGCCCAGAGCUUUGCGACGGCCGAUUCAUCCAGGUGGAGGCUCUAUGGAGCAGGUAGCGCAUACGGAUAUAUCUUCACCUCCUGGGUCACCUACUACAUACAGACGGUUCAAUAGCCGCGAAGAAAACGUAUUUUCCAGACUAACCGCGAGCAGGCAGUUAAUUGCGUCUGAACCACAACCAAUGAAAGGAAUUAUUUCACAGUAUCAGGGUAAGAUGCAACCACGGGCCAUUUUGCAAUGUUCCCAUGUUGCGGAAGGACAUAGCAAAGCUGUUCUUACUAUAUGCGUGACAUCGGAUUUACUUUUUAGCGGCUCGAAAGAUCGCACCGUGAAAGUAUGGGAUUUGGAAACAGGAAUUGAAAGUUCGACUUUAAGUGGACAUCCUAAUAACGUCGUUGCUGUAAAGUAUUCUGCUGUUCAUCAACUUCUAUUUAGCGUAUCCGCGGCAUACGUUAAAGUUUGGGAUUUAAGAAGUGGCAAUAACUGCAUAAAAACAUUAUUUUCAUCUGGCCAAACUCAGGCCGGUCCUAUCGCAUUAUCGACUCCGUCUAGAAUGCUUCAAGUUCCCGUGGGCGAAACAACAAUUAAUGAUUUAGCGCUCAGUUUGAACGAGCAAGAACUAUAUACCGCAGCUAGUGAUAAAGUUAGAAUAUGGGAUCUUCGUAAAUUGACAUAUACUGCUAGAUUGAGUACGCCACACACAGCGGCCGUUAUGUGUUUGGCUGUUGCUGACGAUGGUAGAGUAAUAGCGGGUAGUAAGGAUCAUCUGAUAUCUCUCGCCGAGCCUAAUAUAUCCGGACCGUCCGUUAGUUUAGCGCCACCACAUUAUGACGGAGUUCAAUGCUUAACAACAGUUGAUUCUACAUUAUUUUCCGGUUCUAGAGAUAUGUGCAUUAAACGAUGGGAUUUAAGCAAAAUGGAAUUGGUUCAAUCCCUAAACAACGCUCAUAAAGAUUGGAUUUUGGGUUUAUGUACAAUAAAUAACGGUUCCAUAAUGAUUUCGGGAUGUCGCGGUGGUAUAUUGAAGGCAUGGUCAGUUCCUAAAGAUCAUCUAGGGGAAUGCACGCCUAUUGGAGAAGUGCGAGCGCAUGCUUCUGCUAUCAAUGCUAUUGCGACCAAUCAGCAGCAUAUAUUUACAGCGAGCAACGAUGGAACUGUGAAAUUAUGGAACUACUAUAAACGAGACGUAAGGACCUUCCACAGGAGCAACUCACUUAAAAGCUAA